GGCACCAGACAGCAUUCCUUUUCACAGUGCAUUAGCCUACGCCCGGACACCGGGGUUUAUCUUGGACUAGCACACUCUGGAGAUGUCUUUUUUUGGGAUUACUCGUGGCGAGAGGCGCUCCCAUCGAGCGCGACCUGGCUGGUGAAUUGUUCAAUUUCUUUCGCUACGGGUUAACUGAAACUCAAUGGCUUCGUCUCGUAAACUGGGUCGGCGGAGAAAUGUCACUACCUGGCCAAGAAUGUCUUCAACUUUCUGGGCUGCGGUGCUACUGACCAGUCUGCUCAUAAUAUACUGCGGUCAGUUGGCAGCAGGUACGUGUGAGAUUGUCACUCUGGACAGGGACAGCAGUCAGCCGCGGCGGACCAUAGCACGACAGACGGCGAGGUGUGCCUGCAAGAAGGGACAGAUUGCCGGCACCACGAGAGCCAGACCGGCUUGUGUAGACGCUCUCAUUGUGAGAAGCCGGCAGUGGUGUGAGAUGACGCCUUGCUUGGAUGACGAGGGCUGUGACCUCUUAGUAAACCACUCGGGCUGGACCUGCACACAGCCAGGGGGCCGGGUGAAGACCACCACGGUCUCCUGAUGAUGGCGGGGACAGACGCUCCCGAGCGAGAGAGAGGGGAUGGUGUGUGAGCUGCUUCCCAUAGUCCAUCGUCACUGCCUGUGUGGAGCAUACAUCGUCUUAUCAUCAGCUGUCCGUCUAUUGUUCUGUGCAGCAGCGUGAAGCCACGUAGAACCUACGUUGCCAAAGGCCCGGACUCCAAAUACAGGAGUUGGAGCUUAACAUGGAACAUAUGGACUCUGCAAUGCUCUAUUAUUCCUUGGGAGACAGAACUUAUUUUUCAGUUGAGUUUGGAGAAUUCUGAUGUGUGUCGUCAUGAACUUCUGGAUCUGACCCAACCUAGACUUUGGAGACACGGGACAAAAUGUUUAUUUUGGAGUUUAUGCUUGGCAACUCCUCUGUAGUGAUUUUACAGACCAAAGAAAAAGAUAGCCGACUGCUCCAUAUUUUGGAGACACAGAGGACUUCGGGAUGAAGGGUUUAGAGACUUUUCCAAGUUGAUGAAACAUGCAAUCCCAUAUUCCCUCUCACCAUAUUACAGACUCUAGACAUACCCACAAAUGUACACAUGGUGAUAAAAGUGACGUGUUGUGCAGAGUAAAUGUGUACAAAUGAAUGACGAAUACUGAAUGGAAAAAGUCAAGAGACGUUGUGUAAUUCGUCAAUGAUGUUUCUCUUGGACUACUAAACUGUACUUGUAUACUCACUGCUCUAUUUUGAACAUACAUUAAAUCAGAUAUACAUUUUCAAUUGCUAUAUUUGGACAAUUUGCAGUCAGCAUGACUGGUUAUAGUGAAAGAAACAAAUCAUUUAUCACCAGUAAAGAAUAGGAGGAAAAUAGUAAAUACAUCAUAUCUGUUUGGGGUAAAGAAACAUUAAAUGUAUUUUCAAAAGCCUAAAGUUAUAUAUUUAACAGUUUUAUAUGUUGUAUCUUUGUAGAAAACCUUAUUUAACACUGAAAAUGUGGUCACAUUGUGUAUCCACAGUUUAUGAUUGGCAAUGAGCUAUGUCCUUAACCUUCUGGUCUCUUGUUCAUUUGAACAAGUUUUUUCAUCAUAAAAAGUAAAUUAUUUAACAUGAAUUGAAGAAAGAACAGAAUUAAAGCAUUCAGAUCAUAGUACAGAGCCCAUUUCUGAAAGGUUAUAUGUUCUACGUGUUCUAAGUGUUCUACUUUUAUAGCCCCUCUCCAAUAACCUUUGUGGAAAUGUUGCACAAUUUGGGGUUUUACUUUUCAAACCACUUAAACUACAUUCAAUGACCAAGCUACUGCCAUUUUCAAUGGAAGGGGGAGACAUUUAGUGAGUUACUCAUUGGCGACUACAGUUUGCGACCAAAGCUCAGAAAGGGACGAGGCUAAUUUUGAAAUAGCCAAUGGGGGAGAGAAGCUCUCGCGCUAGCGAACUUCGACGCUGCUGGUUAGGCUACCACCAACAUGCCGUUUUGCAUGCUGUUCAGAAGAAACACACUAGGAUAAUUUCAGCAACAUGGUACGGAGGUCGCGAGCAGUAUGAACGUCCUGUUAGUAGUUCAACCCUAGAGGUGGGAUUAUGCCACAGCAUUGGAGUAUUGGAUCAAUGAGUGGCAAAUAUGUACUCUAUUGUGGGCCAAUUUAAACACAACUUCUUCCACUGUCUGUAGUCUCAAUGCAAGUUUUCUCUGGGAUUCUGUAAAGAUUUUACUUUAUCAGAGAGACUUCAUGGGAAUAUCAUAUACAUAGGUGAACAUUGAUUUACAACAUAUCAUCCUACAGUAACAUCUCUCGACAAACAUGGAUUUAACUAAUUAUUUCCUCCUUAUUUCAACUGACAUUGUCAACACAAUCCGGUUGCAUCGAUGUGGCUAAUUGGUAUAAUUAGUGAAAAAUUAUCAAUAAUAUACAAGCUACACAUGGUUUACUUUCACAAUAUUUCCUGUAGAUUUUGAGUCUGGAAGACAUGAGUAUCAUGCUCUUUAGAUGCUGUUCGUACAUGGCCAUUUAAAUGCCUUUGUGCCAUCAAAGUAAAAUGACAUCAAAGAGGAUAUCAAAUCACUUGCAUAGAGUAUUUCCAUAUGGCAUACGGGUCCAACAUUUGUGAGCAAAAAAACAAAUAAUAAAAAUACUAAGCUCCAAAAAAUGUAUUUCUUUUUAAAUAAACAGAACAUCAUAUACGGUGGGGUGUGAAAUUCUUGACACCCUUGAUAACGAUGAGAAACAUCACUACAAAAAUAAAUAUUUCUAAUAUUCUUUGGGAAAUUAUAUUACGUAAUACUAAACGCAAUUGCUCAGAGAAAGAGAUUUUGUUAAACAAGUAAUAUCUUUUUUUUUUUUAAGAUCAUAAUUAUUGGCAACCUGGUUUUCAAUGUCUUUCAAUACCUCACAUUUCGAGGUUAAUGGCACUGAGCCUUUUUCUAAAAUGCAUUUUAGAUUGGCGAACACAUUGGGAGGGAUCUUAGACCAUUCCUCCAUACAGAAUCUUUCCAGAUCCUUGAUAUCCUUUGUCUGUGCUAACCAAUAUUUUUGUGUGGAUUUUGAUGUGUGCUUGGGGUGAUUGUCUUUCUGGAAGAUCCACUUGCGGCCAAGUUUCAGCCUCCCGGCAGAGGCAACCAGGUUUUUGGCAAAAAUGUCCUGGUACUGGGUAAAAUUCAUGAUGCCGUUGACCCCAUAACAUCAAAGAUCCACGACUAUAUUUAAAAGUAGGUAUGGGGUUCUUUCUGCAUGUGCCACUACUGGUGUCUGUGUCCAAAGAGCUCAAUUAUCAUGUCAUCCAACAAAUGUAAAUGCCAAGAGUUUUCUAAACGGCAUUGGCACUUGGAUUGGAACCUGUGCUAUGGUCAGAUGACAUGAAAAUAGAGCUCUUCGGCCACACACACCAGUGGUGUGUCUUGCAUCGCAAGAAAGAUGCAUUUAUCAAGGGUGCCAGUAAUUUUGGACCUGACUGUGUGUGAACAUAUUAACUUAUUAGAACAGUUAUGAGGCGUUUGAAAACACUACAAAUACAGAAUGGUUCAAAUGUAGGACUUUAGUCUCAGAGGCCGUGGAUGUAUUAUAUUGACCGCUUUUAUUUAUGAACUUUCUUCUGGCCUAGUUUUUGGACCUACAUUACUAUUAACACACUUAAACUGAGAGUAAAAUGAAUGAUGCUUCUGAAAGUCCUUAUGCCAUUUUGGUUUCAGGUAUUUGGUAAUAAAUAUACUGUAUUUUAAACAAAAGCUAAGUCAUAGAAAGACACCAAAAGUAGUUGACAGUAGGUUAAUGUAUACAUUCUAUCUUGCAAAAUGUAUGUGAUUUUAGAAUGUACUUGAAUGUACUUCACCUUGGCUUUGCACAAAAUCGACCACGGAGACAGUGGCAUGUAGGUUGGUCUUCGACAGUGACCUUUUUAACCUCAGUUCUAGAAUAGAACCCUUAAAAGGAGAGUGUAUUGAUAUCAGGUGUUCAAAGAAACAACAUCCUUCCCUUUAACCAAUUUUACCAUCAACCCUCUUCAGCCAAUAUUUGUACAAUGAAUGUACUCUCAGUAAGUAUUUUCUGCAUAAAUGAUAGCU